GGGCACCAUAGAGGCGGAAGGAGCGCGAGCGAGCGCGGCGUCACUCCCACAAUGCCCCGCACAAUGGGGCCGCCGGGGCCUGAGCCGGAGCCGAGCCUGGCGGGGCCCGGGGGAACGGGAUGAAGAUUUCUUGCUGUUAAAGUCAUAUCAUUGCAAAGGUUCCAGCUAUACUGGGUCAGUGUAACAGCAAGUCAUCCACAGGUAUGAGUUCUGCUUAACAUGGCCCCGUUCUACUAGGCCUGCCAUGACGGCAUUUUUUACCAGUGUUCCUACCUGGAUUCAAGAUGCAAAGCAGGAGGAGGAGGAGGAGACAGGCUGGAAAUUAGUCCCCAGGCAAAGGGGUCGAGAGGCUGAAAGUCAAGGCAAGUGCCAGUGUGAAAUUUCUGGGACCUCCUUUACCAAUGUGGACAAGCUGAGAACUCACACGUUCACUCAUACGGAGCAGAGACCUUACAACUGCCCUCAGCUACACUGUGGGAAGGCCUUUGCAUCCAAGUACAAGCUCUAUAGGCACAUGGCCACACACUCUGCCCAGAAGCCUCACCAGUGUAUGUACUGUGAGAAAAUGUUCCACCGGAAGGACCAUCUCCGCAAUCACCUGCAGACUCAUGACCCGAACAAGGAAGCCCUCCACUGCCCUGAGUGUGGGAAGAACUACAACACCAAACUAGGCUUCAGGCGACACCUGGCUAUGCAUGCAGCUGCCAGUGGUGAUCUGAGCUGCAAAGUGUGCCUGCAGACCUUUGAGAGCACUCAGGUCCUCCUGGAACACCUCAAGGCUCAUUCCAGGAGGGCAUCUGGUGGAGCAAAGGAAAAGAAGCACCCGUGUGAUCACUGUGACAGACGCUUCUACACACGUAAAGAUGUGCGGAGACACCUCGUGGUGCACACAGGGCGGAAGGACUUCCUGUGCCAGUAUUGUGCUCAGAGGUUUGGGCGGAAGGACCACCUGACCAGGCACAUGAAGAAGAGCCACUCCCAAGAAUUGCUGAAGAUCAAGACAGAGCCAGUUGACAUGUUGGGUCUCCUAAGCUGCAGCUCAGCUGUAGCAGUGAAAGAAGAGUUGAGUCCAGUUUUAUGUAUGGCAUCCAGAGACAUGAUGAGUGGUAAGAGCUUUCCUGGCAUGCUGCCUAUGGGCAUGUACAGUACACACCUCCAAGCUAUGCCAAGUUCAGGGAUGCCCCAUUCUUUGGUUCCCAACUCUCUUCCAAUGGGAAUGAGUUAUCCUCUGGAAUCUUCUUCUCCUAUCUCCUCCCCACCACAACCUCCUCCGAAGUACCAGCUCGGAUCUACCUCAUAUUUACCUGAGAAACUACCCAAAGCAGAGGUGGAGAGCUUUCUGUCAGAGCUUCCUGGCAGUCUGUCUCUCUCAUCUGGUGAGCCUCAGUCCUCCUCACCUCAGCCAGUAACUCUGGACGAGACUCUGCUUUCCAAGAGCCCUGCUAACCUUUCAGAGGCUCUCUGUGCUGCUAACAUGGAUUUUUCUCAUCUUCUGGGCUUCCUCCCCCUGAAUCUUCCUCCAUGUAACCCACCUGUGUCAUCAGGGGGGCUAGUCAUGGGCUACUCACAGGGGGAAACCCAGCCAUUGCUUACCACUUUGCAACCUCAACCUCAAGAAUCUCCCGGAGCUGGAGGCUCCCUGAACUUUGGUCCCCUUCAUUCAUUACCCCCCGUCUUCACCUCCAGCUUGAGCACAACCACCCUGCCACGUUUCCACCAGGCAUUCCAAUAAGAUGACUGUGGCACUAGUCAGUGGGUCUUCCGCUAAUACUUGCUCAGAGAGCCCUAAAAAUGCACAACUCUUGUACUUCUCUGCUGGGAUGUGAAAGCUUUUGAAAGCUGUUUCAGACAGGACGAUUCUGGUGUCUGGAGGGAGUACUUGUAGACUGGAACAGCAGAUAUCCCUGUGCAUGUCCCAGUCCUCUAUAGUGAAAAGGUUUCAGCUGUAUUUUUUUUUUUUUUCUAAUUUUUAUCUGUGAAUCGGGAGCCACACUUAGCACUGACCUUCCCUGAGGUUUUGGAGCCUUGUUCCUCUUUGGGAAGGGAUUGAAUCUGAGGAGUUGGGGCUGUUUCAGCUUGGGCAGACUUGGACUAACCUUUUGAAGAGUCCAGCUUCCAUUCUGUGUUACCACAUUGCAAUCCUGGUAUUACAGCCAGUACCUGCAGGUGAAUCAAGAGGAGGGGCAAGUCCAGAGACCUAUCCCACUUGGAGCAGACAGGGGAAGAGCUGUCCUUCCCCAUUACCCCCAUCCCAUCACCUAUACAGCUUAUGCCAUUUUGCAUCAGUGUUAAGCAAUAAUGAUAACAUCAACACGAUGGAUGCAGAGCACCUCAUUUCUUUUUGCAGAGCCAUCAGAUUAGACUCAUUCCAGUGAAUUUUUUUUUAAAAAACACAACAUGAGUCUCUUUCCAUCAUUACAAAAAUAGGAGACACCAGUGUACAUUGGUUUUGUAUCUGGUGUAGCUAGAAUACUGUUUACACAAUGAAGUCAGGUUGCACUGAUUUCUCUUCUUCACUUGUCACAUUUUUCCCCCAUGGGGAAAAUGAACUGACUUAGACUACUUCAGCUUCUGCCAUUUUAAAUGGUAGUUCUUUGCACAUUCCCUUUGACUUCCCAUAUGCGUCAGAGGGGGAUGGAGCAACUUAGACAUCUGUCUCACUUUUGUGGUGUAUGAAGUGAGCCCUUUUAAAAAAACACCACAACCACACAGAUCCUGCCUCUAUAUUGGAAACCAAAGCACACGAAAAAGCAAGGUUUAGAGCUAGUAGCUGGCAGCAUCCAAUGCUGUCAUACAGGAGACCGAGGUUUGGGAGUGAUCUCUGGACUUCUGCUCCAUAGGUUAGGCAUGGAGAUGAAGGACAGUGUAUGAGCUGACAUCUUUUCUGCCACCAUUUGCCAGGGUCAGUGCCCUUCUGGCUGAUCCACAAAGCAGCGUCAAGAGACAUAUUUUGACCUCCACAGUGGAAUGAUAGCAUGCAGGAGUCAGGAGAAAACAAAACUGGCCCUAGUUUUGUUUACACUUAGUCACUGUAUUUGAACUGUUUCCCCAACACUAAUUGUCCUAACAAUAGUUGAGGUCUCUGGGAUUACAGUCCCCCUUCCUCUCCUCCAGCCUGGAGUUGUGGGCCUUUUUUAUUCCUCCUUUCUCCUGCCAUACCCCCUGAACCCUGGGUUCCACUUCCCUUGCUCCCCAUCAUCUACAGCCCUUGAGUUCUCCUUUGUGGGAUCUCCACCAACUGAUAGCAAAAAGAUUAAACUUUUAAGGGCCAGUGGACUCCUAGUCUGAUCAACUCCGCAUAGUCUCCUGUUCACAUCAUGCUCAGUAGCCCAUAAUCUUGGGUAUGUUAAAUCCAGCUACGUUUUAAUGCACAUCUGUGAACACACACAUGCAGCUUUUCGUACCUCAGCAUGUAGGAGCAUAACAGGCUAUGAUAACCCAGGGAGUUUACCAACAUCUCUUUACAAACCCCCCAAAAUAGAGACCUACCUCUAUCCUGUUAUCAUAACUCCAUAAAUGAAGUCAGUUACUGUCCCCCUGCAUUCUCUUCUUUCCCUCUUCACUUCAGCUGACACAUUUUUUGCUUUCAUCUUCAGCCAUUUGUCUCAAACCCACAGUGUGCAAUUAGUUCUGUUUCAUUUGCUCAUAGGCCUGGCUCUUCCUCCACUUUACUAAAAAAUUAUAGGAAAUCCUUGAGUAAAGUCUUCCUAACCCCAACUGGUGAACCAGCUAAACCUUGAAACAUAAGGAGUGAUAGCCCUUGUCAUUUAAAGUUUAGCCAGUGAAACUGCAAAUGCUACUUUCGUUCAUAUCAUUGUAAGUUUUUACCUCAGCAAUAUCCUGUGAAAAUGAGUUUCCCUGGAUUAAAAGUAGUACUUCCUUUUAUCCAUUUUCAAAUGUUGCCUUUCAAAUUUCAGCAAGUGCCUUCUUUUAAUUUGAAACAGUAAAGAGGGAGAUCUCAACUGGUCUUCUCUUAACCAUUCAUUAUUUUUAAAUACCUCAGUCAUGUCUCCUAUUUUUCUCUUUCCAAAUUAGUUUCACAGUUUCACUUUAAGUCUGAUUCUUGUCAUACAUACAUAUAUAAUUUUAAACAAAAGCAAAAAUGGGAAAAAACUUCAGAGAGGUGAUCAAAACGGAAAGCGUUAUUUGGAUUUAUGCAGUGCCAUAAUAAUUUUUCGUCAUCUCUAUAUUUUUACCAUCUGAUUCUCUUUGGGGUUUUUUUUGCCUUCAUUGUAUUUUGAGAAGAGGUUUUCACUGAAAUAUCUUCAGCGGUAGCCAAGUCUACAGCCAGGCAAAUGCCUCCAUUUUCUACAAAUACUCUCUCAAAGAAUCAAUGGAAUUAAUUUAACUAGUAUUUGCACCACUUGGUUUGCUUUCCAUGGCUAUUCUAGCAAGCAAGUUUACAAGCAUGUUCAUAUAUAAAAUGAUUAACCAACAUUAGGGAAUAUAUUAAUGGAAAGCAAGUUUGGAACUCAAACCAACUGUUUACAUUGGGAACUUGAUGCAAAAGAUUCAUCCUGACCCAGAACAGGUCCUAUUGAGUUCAAUGGAUAUAGAGGAUCAGACACCAAGUAUGCAGAUAAGAUUAAAAUGCGAAGUGCUGCAAAUACCGUUGCAGACAGAGAAAUAAUGCCGAAGAUCUAAAGAGAUGGGAAAUAACUAAAUGAGAUUCAUGCAGGACAAAUGCAAGUUAAAACAUCUUGGGGGAAAUAAAAAAUUGGAGAGGAGAUAUUUGGAACGCAAUAUUGUGAAAAAGACUAAAGGGGUGAUAGAGGACAGCAAGUUAGAUGUAUGUUUACAAUGAAAUAGGGAUAAUGAGACAAAGGUUAAAAAGUCAAUAUCAAAAGUUCAGAAGUGCCUUUUAAGAAUCUACAUUUGGCUUGCUCCUUGGUAGACCCCAUGAAUCAACUUCUUGACUUCAGCCCUGCACCAUGCCUGAUCAUGCUGUGUCCUAGAAUACUGUAUGUUUUACUGUAUGUACCACUGUAUACCAGAAGGGCAUAGACAAAUUGAGUUUCAGAGGAAAGCAAUUAAAAUGGGUAAGUGGCUGAAGGGGCUCAUUUUAAAAAAGAAAUUAAUAGAAAUAGACACCAUGUAAUAACCCUCAAAUUUAAAAGACCUAGGAGAGAGAAAGGAAUUACUGAGGAUAGUACACGGGGGAAAAUAAGGUUAAAUAAAUAAAAGGGAAAGUUUUGGUUGAAUAGCAGGAAGGACGUCAGUCUCCCAAUGGAAGUUAAGAUGUUUCAGACCAAACCGGCUCAAUUUUAGUACACAUACAGUAAGGAAUAACCCUGCACUGCCAAGGAGGUGGGCUUCCUGGUCCUCCCCAGGCUCAGAUUUCUAGAACUGGGAGAACGUCAUUCACCUAGAUCUUUUUUCUGAGGGGUUACAGCUGGUUCAAGAACCCUUCUGUAUGCAAGUAGUGUAAAUAGGAAGAAAAUGUCCCUUACUUUGCAUUUGUCUAUGCUGAAUUUCAUCUCCCACUAUGUUAGUGACUUACCUGGUUUUGCUAGGUCCUUCUUGAGUGCCUCAUAAUAGGGCCUGCUCUUUAACCUGAAUAAUAUUGGAAAAUCACCUCACUGUUCAUCCUCUUUUCCAGGUUAAGUAGAUGGUAGAUUUGAUUACUUUUGUUUGGAAACAGCUCUUUGUUCUUUUAAUUCCUUCAGCACUGACAGGUGAACAGCAGCUCUCUAGGGGACUUACUGUAAUUCAUUCUGGAGUUUCCCCAUCACUCCUUUCUGACAUUGCUUCUUCACUUCACUUCCUGGGGGGGGGAAAAAAAUCCUGCAGAAGGCAUUUCCCAUUGUUUUCUGUAAUGAAGACUGGGGCAAAAAAAAAAAAAAAAAUCAUUUAAGAUGCUUUCCCAUUCUUCCUACACUCUGGUCAUCCCUUUUACUCCCUUCCAGACCCACUGAUUCUCUCAUGGGCUAACUCUUGGUAGUUAAUUACUCUUCAGGUUCCCCUUAACCACAUUUUGAUAAUUUUCAGUUGACCCAGAUUGUAGGUGGUUUUCUUCUCCGUAAUGAUCUCAGUAAUUAUGCCCAUAGUCCAACAUUGUCACCCCUGACAGCAACAGCCGAAGUCUCUUUAAAUUACAACAGUUAUUAGACUUAUUGGCUUGCAUACACAAAUCCUGCACCAAUCAGGCACCUAGUAUCCAGAAUGUUCUAUCCUGGGAACAGAUUACUGUACAAAUUGAUUAAUCUCCCUAACACACUAUAAAUGCACUUCUCCCCCCACAAAACAGAGUGGAACCUGCUUAUAGUGAAAUGGUUUGCACAGGACUGUUUCAUUAAAAAGGUCUUUCCAUCCUAGCUGGUCAAUAUUUCUUCAUCUCUGCUCCUACAGCCACUUGUAUCAUUUCAAUCUCCGCCCUGAGAAGGCUGAUACCUGGGAUUCUGAAUACGGCUCAUUUGAUUUUUAGUCUGUGCUGAGAGGCAGUGUUGCCUAGUGGAGAGAACACUGGAUUAGAACUCUGGAGACCUGAGUUGUUUGCAGAUCUACUGCUGGGUGACCACAAGCAAAUCACUUCUCUCUUUUUGUCAGUUUUCUUAUCUGUAAAAUGGGUAUAAUGAGGAUACUUCCCUCCUUUGUAAAGUGCUUUGAAAUCAAUAGAUGAAAAAGCACUAGGUAAGAGAUACGUCAGUAAUAAUACCCAAGAGUUCUUUCCUUUCACAGGACACUCUUGUUUCCAGUCCUGGACCUCAUUUUCCAAUGUUAUUAGUUCUGUUCCAGGUUCUCACUAUACUGCCCAAUAACGAGUUUGUGUUUGUCUACCUUAAAUCUAUAGAGAUUGACUUUCAUUUCCUCAUCCUGUUCUGGGUUUGCUUUAUUCUUUGAGGAUGCCAGCAGAUUGCAAACCAGAACCUUUGUUUAGAAUCCAACUGUACUCUGAGUCACACUGUUUUGGCAUGAUUCUCAUUCCCACGGUCUCAGCAAAGGCGAGAGCUCUUACCUACCACAGCAGUUUGUUAACGUACAGCCAUCCCAUCUAAAUACCCAGAGCCAUCUCUUCCCCACAUUUGCAUAGACUGUUUCUUACUAUACACUUCCUCACCUCUCUAUAAAGGCAGGUUCAGCAAAACUCUGAGUUGAUCACCAAGGAUAUUAGACAUUCAAAAUGGAGAACACAAGAACUUACUACUUGGGAUUUUUUUAGUUUUCCAACUGAAAGUACAUUUUGCUUCCUAUGUUACUAAUAGGGUACUUGAAACUAUAUAUACAGUCUUAGAAAAAAAUGUGAACAGUAUCUCCUCAUACAUGACACCAGGUGCUCACUUCUUUUGUAUGCUGUAUAUGUCCCUCUCCCACCCAUGCAAUCUUGCUUCCCACCAGCCGCAUUUACGAAGUGAACACAAAACUUGGAAAACAUGGAAAUCAUUUCAAAUUAUGUUCUCACAACAUGCAGCAAGGGAAACCAGUGGAAAUGAGCAGGACACAAAGCCCGACAGAACAAAACUUAGAGAAUUUGGGAUUUUAUUUUCAUUUAUUAAACAGGGCAGUUGCACAACUCUCAAAGUGAAAGCAUCUGAACUUCCUUAUUUUUUAAGACAAGCAUAUUUUAACAAAUUCUUCCACUCCACUGCUGUAUUCUUAAUGAUUAGCACAGGCACUGCAUCUUACCCUGAAAAUGCUAUAAAAUCAGAACAAACAGGUCUAUUGCAUAGGAUAUGCUGAGAUAAUAAAAGGAAAGCUCUGUGUGAAACAAUUUCUGCAGUACAGGAAUACCACAACAUGUGUCACUCAGAGAAUGGGUCCCAGUUAAAAUUAAAUAUCCAGCUGAAAAGACCAGUUCACAUUUGGCAUCUGCACCAGCAAACCCAAUUUCUUUCUGCAUUUUGUUGUUCCUUUUCAAGGUAAUGUACCAUUAAGGUUUCCACUUGUGGAAUUCACCAGCACAUCCUGCUCAGAGAUGUAGCCUUUAGCAAGUUUGGAGAAAGAGCUGAAAUUCAGGUUCUUUCUGAAUGUUGAAGUCUGCGUAGCAGAUUUGAUUGCUUAUGCUGGAAGCCUCAUGUCUUGAGCUUAUGAGUUCUCCCCACCCCCUUUUUAGUGCCUCAUUAAGUUCUUGGGUUUUUUUUUUGUAGUUUUCCCUAAUAACUAGGAGCUGUUUUAGAAAGUUUUGUAACAUUUGUAUCAAUAUUUUACUUUAACAAGGAUAUUUAACUAAAAGAAAUUUGCCUUAGUGUAGGUUCAAAAACUGGGUGGUGACAAGAGGGAGAGUGUAGGGAACUUCUGGAAACCACCCGGAUUCACCCCUCGAAGUAGUCAAGCUCUGAACCUGCGGCUGGAGGAAAAGCUACAGUGGCCUUCACAGCUAUGGCAAAGUCAGGCUGAGGAUCCUCUUCAAGUCAGGGUGAACUUUGUCACCAGUGGAACAAAUUCUGCCUUCAGGUUCCAGUACAAGGAGUGGGACCUCCGAGGGCAGUAUCUGGUCCAAAGGCUGUGAGCUCCCCUUUCUGAAAGCAGCAACUUGGAAUUUCUCUUCUGCUGUAGCUGGGGUGGAAGGGAGUCAGCAUCUCUUCUUUUACCAGGGAUGCAACUCAGCCUUUUCCAUGCUGCACUUUUAGAGCACAAAGUUUCCAACUUCCAUUCCUACCGCCACAGCUGUCAAGGCCAGCAGCUUCCCCUCCUUAAAGCUGGAUUAUUUUUUUUAAAGAAACUUUCUAGCACUUUUUUUUUUUUAAACAAACAGUGAAUAACCUUUUUAUAGGAGUAUUUUUGGGCUUUAUAUAAAACAAGGUUUUAAAUUGUAAAAUAUCAAGUGCCAUUAGGAAAUGUACAGCUCAUCUCUGUUAAAUUAGCUUUUCCACUGUCUUACAGAAUUAAGUCCAAGAUGAAAGGGUUUUUUUAUAAUGAAGAUUAUUAAAAACGUUUGAACUGUC